AUGCAGCCGAAGCCGAAGCAGCCCAGCAUGGUGCCGCCGGGGGGCCGACCCGCACCUGUUCCAAACAAGUGGGCUGCCCUCAAUGAGGACGACGACGAUGACGAGCCACCGCCCGUCCGCAAGGAGUCUGGUAGCCGCUGGACAGAUGCCGAGUGGCAAGACUGGAAGGACCAGCAGUGGAAGGACCAGCAGUGGAAGGACGGCUGGGCGUCUUCCUCGUCAUGGAAGGACAAGGACAAGUGGUGGGAGAAAGAUUGGGGUCGCCAGGGUGGGGACGAGGAGGGCAACGGCCAGGGCGGCAAGCGCUGGAGCGACGCUAAGGAGAAUGACAAAGGCGGCUCCAAGGGGCGCUGGGAGUGGCAGGAGGACGACUCCCCUGAGCGAUGGGGCGAGACCUGGGAGCAGCCGCGCGAGGAGACUGGGGUCCAGCUCAUUGGUGAGAUUGCGCCCGAAAGCGCAGAAUGGGAAUACAUCCUCAUGGAUGAGUCCCGGCGAUGCUUCGCAGCCUUCCUGCCGUGUCCCUUCGACGAAGCCCAAUGCGCGAGCUUCUUCCAAAGGGUGAAGGAGGGCACCGACUGGAAGCAGCCCCAGACAAUCUUUGGGGGUACGGUUCCCCGGAAGACGGCC